AGUUGGGGUAUAAUAAUCCGACCGAGCAGUCUAUGUCACUGAGGUUGGCGAGGAUGGAUGAUACAGGGCCUGGUGGUAGUAGCAGCAGUUCCUCAGCCGCGAACAUCGGCGUGCAGGGAGCUGACGAGGAUGGGGAAGUAUCGAAUGAUGACGAUGAAGAGUCUAUCAGCAGUAUGAGCUCAUCUGAGGAACGAGAUCUUAUGGUUUCCAGUACGGAACUGCAGGAUUCAGAGCCCCUGCAUUUCUCGACUAUAGACGGUGAUGACAACACUGAAGGUGUGGAUCUGACCACCAUCUCAGGGGGCUUACCGAGGAUAUACCAUCAUACCCAGAUAGGGCAGUGCUUGGUUGACGUCUUACACGACUUGAUGUCGGAGGGUAAGGCAUCUUUAGAGGAUAAAGAAGUGGCCCUCAAUAUUCUAGAGGAGGAAUUCCAAUUGGCCUUCAAAAACUUAUAUCCGGGAGUACUGGACAGCAACUCUAAGGGUCGCGGAAAAGGUAGUAAGAAGCGGAAACGGAAGGGGAAGCACAAUUCAGCAGAGCAAGGAGAAGGUCUUGUGGAUCAAGAUAUAUUAUCCAUUCUCCGAGACGAUCCGUUGUUCUCAAGAGAGGACAGAGGCUCGAGUACUCAUCAACUGCAGAGGUCUGACGGGGUCCAUGCCCAGCGAAGUCAGACUACUCAGAUGGCACUAGACCGAGGAGCUACUACGAUGUACGGAGGUGGGGCAUGGAAGUUUACUGGUCGGCUUGAUGAAAUGGGUUCUCUCAGGGAAUGCCAGGCUCUCCAGUGUUCAACGCUUCUUCGUGGUUCGAAGGCCGAGAUGAGUUCGCCGUUGAUACAACUCAACUUCGAUGAGAUUGAAGUUAGAGUCGCGGAUCGUUCUGAGAGAGCAGCCGCUUCUAGAUGAACC